GGACGACCGAGCAGCACCCUUGCCGUCUCUCCCCUUCCUCCCCAGACAACUACACCCAUGUUACGGUGGACCUGAUCCCAGGGGUUGAUACCGGCUUCACCAGGAGAGUCCGAAUCUCAUAGUCUGGUUCCGCCCCUCCUUCCCUUCCCCUCUUCCCUGGCCACUGCCAUUACAGCGCUGCUCGCCAUGGAGAACUCAUCAGUGGCGUCUGCAUCCUCUGAGGCAGGAAGCUCACGCUCACAGGAGAUCGAAGAACUGGAGCGCUUCAUAGACAGCUAUAUCCUGGAAUACCAGGUGCAUGGACUGCUGGGGGAUAAGGCUGAUGGAGAGCUGGACGGAGACAAUGUCAACAAGGCCCCACAGUGGACUAAUGAAUGCAAUGACAAGAAAGAUGGGAGCUGGUCAUCGUCACGGGGAAGGGGCUCAUUGAAACCGGAUGAGUGGGAACAAAGCAGCAAUGGAAGUACAGGCUCCAGGCCCAGCUCGGGUUCCAGACCAGGCUCGGGCUCCCGCUCCUGCAGCAGGGGCCGAAAUAACCAGUUUAAGGGCCCUGCCAAGAAUAGGAACAGAGAAGGGUCCUUUGACAUCUUGGGGACGGACAUCUGGGCUGCCAACACUAUGGACUCACAUGGGGGUGCUGGCUGGGACGUGCAGCCAGAGAAGCUGGACUUCAGCCAGUUCCACAGGAAACAUUUCCGAGGCACUCCAAAGCACCUACCACACAUUGACAGAGAGGGGAUGAUUAAAAACAAGUUUGAAGACGAUGGUAUUGACAUGAACGACAUAGAGAGAUUCCUCCCCCACUUGCACCCAGCCUUCCCACCUCUGCCCAACGAGGCUGAGAUUGCACACACCAAAAAGCUCUUCCGACGCAGGAGAAACGACCGACGGAGACAGCAGCGAACACAGGGAGGAGGAGGAGGCGGCGUUGGUGGAGGAGGAAGGAAUCAGAAUCAACAACUACAACAGUCACCGCAGCACCAGAGGGAUCAAUCCCAACAACAAGCUCCAAACCAACAACAGCAGUAUAAUUCAUCAGAGCAGUUGGGAGAUUACAAAAACAACGGUGGUAAUGGCAGGGCCCCUCGUCAGCAUCAAGGAGGGCAGGGGCAGCGCCAAGGAGGCCCACCACACCAUGGGUAUGCCCAAAACCGCCGUUGGCAUCACAACCAAAAAGGACAGGGACCGGCAAACUCCAUGAGCGAUAAAGGAGUACCACCAAGAACCACCAAAGAGAAGGAGACUGAGAAUGUAAAAGCAGCUGAGGAGCAGAGCAAACCACCACAAGGGCCUAAAGACUUCAGCAGUAGGGGCCCAGCUGAAUCACCCAGAUCAUGGACAACAACCAGUCAAAAAAUCUGCCCAGAUGAGAUGGGUAAUCAGGAGUUUCCCAGCCCACCACAAAGUUGGAAGUCAAAUGAGGGCCAGUCGGAGCAGCCCAGAAUCAGUCUGCUGCAGUCGUCAAAGGAAAGGCUGAGGAGAAGACUGAAGGACAAGGAAGAAGCUUGUGUGGUGGCAGCAGGUGCUGGGCCCCAGCGCAUGGACCGACUAGUAGAACUACUCAACAGUAUGAGGAGUAACAGCAGUGGAGUGGAACAACAACUGGCCUCCUUCAUGGAGGAGGCACAGUGCUCAGCACGCUCUGAGGAAACUCUGGCCCAGGUUGUCAGUACUAUCUACUCUAAGGCUGUGUCGGACCGAAGCUUUGCCGCCACAGCUGCCAAGCUGUGUGACAAGAUGGCUCUGUUCAUGGUAGAAGGGACCAAGUUUCGAUCACUGCUCCUCAACAUGCUGCAGAAGGACUUCUCCCACCGAGAGGAGCUUCAGCAGUCAGAUGUGGAGAGGUGGCUGGGAUUCAUCACCUUCUUGUGUGAGGUGUUUGGUACCAUGAGGAGCAGUGCUGGGGAGCCUUUCAGGGUGCUUGUCUGUCCCAUUUAUACGUGCCUGCGAGAGCUGUUGGAGUCCACAGAUGUAAAGGAAGAUGCAGUCCUUUGUUGUUCUAUGGAGUUGCAGAGCACAGGGCAGCUCCUAGAGGAGCAGCUCCCAGAGAUGAUGACAGAUCUCCUAGCAGCCGCCAGGGACAAGAUGCUGUGUCCAGCCGAGUCUCAGCUGACCCGUUCUCUCCUCAUGGAGGUCAUUGAGCUUCAUGCCCACCACUGGACUCCACUUGAAGCACUCACUACCCAGUACUACAUCCGUACCAUACAGAAACUCACCACCACCGCCUAGUUGCAGAGAGGAGGUAGCCCCCAAUGCCCCUGGCAGUGAAUUUCACUUUUUUUCUGAGUGAUAAUGUGAUCCUGAAACCUCAUAUGCUCCAACAUGCUCUGGCCUCAGCUCUGCCUAACUGCUAUCCUGUCAUCGACUUUAAACCCCUGACCACCAAGCUUCAAGCCAUCAUGGAAUAUCUGCAAUAUAAUCAUCCACUACUUUGAGAUCACCACUACAGCCUCUAGGUCCAUCAACACUAAACCCAAAAACCCCGGUCAUAACAGAGCAACUUUCCCCUGUCUUCGAUCCAAAAUGCCCCUAGAGCCUUUGAGAUUUGUGUCACCUUUUUCAGGAGCAAUCUUAUAAUUUAGCAUCCAGACUAAAUUAAAAUCUCAUUAAAUGUCAUGGCAUUUUAAACGACUCCAUGUACACUCAUCCUCUGUUCAUCAUGGAAAAAAACAGGAAAGCUCUAACCUACCAAAUGUUAAUCAUAGGAAUACACAGAAAGUUGAAUCACUUCAUCUGCAGGUAUCCCAACCCCUGUAAACAGUGGUUGAAAAAAAGACCCAACUAACAAUUGUUUGUUUUUGUUUUGUUUAGUUGGGGUCGUUACAGUCGGGAUGUCAAUUGGAUGAGUGACAGGGCUGUCAAAAUUGCCCAAAAAUGACGUUCGAUUAUUCCUUCUAAAAAAAAAAACACAGGUUCGAACCCAUUUGAACAUAUUUUUGUGCGUUAUAUCCAUAAGAGGGCAAACUAAUACAACAAGAGACAUAACUACUUGUAUUGGUAUAUUUAUUUCAACGUAAACAUGUCUUUUAAAAGAUCUACAUACCUACACAUUACUAAAUAAACAAAUAAAAUACUGUCCUAUACCAUAAAACGUCCUGUGCCCUCAGGUUACUCAUGGUGGAAUGGUAAGCUAAAUGUAAGCUAACUGUAGCUUACACAGCUUGCAUACAACUUUAUCUCGAGGUUCCACAAUUUUUCCAUUUUCUGACCAAGAUCCGAAGUAUUUCCAAAUGGGGUGCUGCUUUUUUUCCACAAACGAAUAUUAAUUUUCACACUCGA